UGCAUUUCCAAAAACACUUUCGAGUCUCUCAAGUUUUAGCGAGUUGCCAUCAGCAACACUCACAGAAGCGAAUUCUCACAAGUUUUAUUCCAAGAAGAUCUCUUAGAUUUCCCUCUAUCACACCGUUAUCUAUUUCACAACAACAUGAUGGAUACUUCACUAGCCGAAACCAUCGACAUGUCUUCAUUGAAAUCGGCCUUGACAACAGGGUCGUUGAGUCAACAGAUGCUCUCGUUGGCCAGCAGUACGUUCCGACUGGCCGCAACAGCGCUGACCCGCCUCCAGCAGCAGCAGCAACAGGAGCAAUGGCAGACGGAAUUGGCCAGUUUGGCCCACCUGCCGGAAUAUUCGCUGCAACAGGUUUCCUGGCACGACCGACCCGACGACUGCUGGAUCGUCCUCAACGACAAAGUCUACAACGUCACCAAACUGGUCGACGGACAUCCGGGCGGAAUGGAAGUCAUGAUGGAACAGGCCGGACGCGACGCCACUUCCGCCUUCCGCUCCGUCGGCCACUCCAUCGACGCCAUCGAACAGGUCGACGAAUUCCUGGUCGGAAUCUUGCCAGAAAAGGAGCGCAUGUACCUGCGAUCCCGCAAAUGACCAUUAAAAAAUACUCUUCCGUUCCGGACCCACAAAAUCUUUGAAAAGUUGAUAAUUUCUUGCCAUUUUUUAUUCACAUCCAUAGUAUGACAUUCUGAUUUUGUUACUAUAAGUUAUUUACUAAUCCCAACUGUGAUAAUUUUGUUAAUCCAAUCCUUUGCCAUGAUUAAACGAUUAUUUGGUUUAUA